AUGAAGCCAGAAAUCUUUAAAAAAUUUAUCUCCGGGUCGAAAAAAUUUGCUAUUCAAGUGCAUAUGCGGCCCUUCAAAGGUAAAAUAGUUCUCAAUGCGGCCCUCACAGCAAAAAAAUCUGCGGCCAAUCAGCAUCAAAACACGAUCCUAUUGGUCGGAUACGACAACCAAUCAGUGAGCUUGGAGCAUCCGGAUUGCACUAAAAUGUCCGGAUGGUUGGACGAGAGAGGAACUGCGGUCAACUCAACAUUACCCGCUUCUCCCAGUUCACCCGUUUCCAAAUACGUCUGUAUCGAUAAAAACACAGUUGCCGGCUCUGUCAAACUGAUCUACCAUGCUCCGAACACCUCGCUAGCCUUCUACACGUCGAGAGAGGAGCCAGCUCGCCACAUGAAAGAAUUCAACCUGACAUGCUCAGUGCAUCUCUACCUAGAGCCAAACAUGAAAACCACUCUGAAAAUUUACCAAAGUACUUCCCUAUUAGGAGAAAAAAGUUUCCGAAACAAAAACCCAAAAGAAUUUGCGGAAAUAGUCCUUGGGGUCAAUUUCUUCGCCCACUUCUUCCGGGGAUUUGAUUUCAGGUGCGUGUGGGAGAUUGAGGAUGAGGAAUCUGGAGCCAGCUACUCCGAAACUAAACAUCUGCUUGUCCCAAUACAUAAAUCAAUAGAGAACGUGCGGCCGAACGUAUCAGUAGCGUACGUCGGGAAACCAAUUGAGUGCGUGUACGAUGGCUAUCCCAAACCUCAAGUCAUAUCCUGGCUUCCGGCUGCGAAUUGUUCAAAAAACAUGUCUAAAAUGUAUGACAAUAAUACCGACGCAAACGGUUCGAUAUUGCGAAUUCUCAAAGUCGGUAGUUACGGUUACACAUGUGAAACCGUCAGUUAUUCGAACGGUAAAGAGUACAUAUUCGCAAAGAUCGAUACAUCAGUUAAGUUGGAACACGUGAACUGUCCUCCUUAUUCUAGCUGGGUCACUGAGGAAAAACUCGUCAGCACACCCCUCUUCCUGAAUUCCGGAUUUCUAGCCGUCCUGUAUGGUUGUGUUGUUAACGAUUACGUUGAAGGGGUCGUUCGGCUUGUUAUUUGGGAAAAUUUGAUGAAAUUUAUAUCAAGAGAAUAUUGGAGUAGCGAGGAUGGCUCGAUGUUAUCUUUAAGUUGUAACGCCUGUCUUUGGUUCCACAGCAAUGACGUCAACAUCUCGAUGUACAUAAAGGAUAAUUAUGGAACCAUUUUAAGCAUGGAAUCAUUCACAUCAAGCCGAUUUGAAAGCGUUUUUACGAACGCGUCUGCUGUUAUUGAAAUUCAAGAAAACCAUUUAUACAGUUUCGCGUGCAUCUUAAGUUUCACUGAGUCGAUCGGUCAAAGAGCUCUCAAUAAGAAACCAAAAUCGACACAAACUCCACCAAUUAGGAAGACGACUGUAGAGGUUGGGGACGUAGUGACGUGCAUAAUGGAGCUUAAUCGCACCCUAGAUGGCUGUUUCUGGCUGGCCGACAAGCCAGACAAUCCCGGAUUUGUGAUUUUAAGUGGGGGACAAAAUGUAACAUUCCUAGUGCAUGGAUACUAUAAGAUAAUGUGUGCCUGUUACUUUACUCACAAUGGAAAACAGUUUAGAGCGGUCGUUUUAACUGAAUUCAAAGUCUACAAGCACACAUGUUUCCGGGGCUCCAGCUUACUACUGUAUCAACUUAUUAUCAAAUAUUAUAUUUUCAACUUGUAA